AUGGCGGCAGGAGAUGAAGAAGGGAAGGCGGCGGAGGCAGUGGUGGAACCGGAGGUGGAAGAGCCGCGGAGCUUCAAGGAUCUGGGAGUGACAGAUGUCCUAUGUGAAGCUUGUGACCAGUUAGGAUGGAAGGUACCAACAAAGAUCCAGGUUGAAGCUAUUCCAGUGGCUCUCCAAGGAAGAGAUAUCAUUGGACUGGCAGAAACUGGCUCUGGAAAAACAGGAGCCUUUGCACUGCCAAUUCUUCAAGCACUGCUGGACACACCACAGCGGUUAUUUGCUCUCAUCCUUACACCAACAAGGGAGCUGGCUUUCCAAAUCUCAGAGCAAUUUGAAGCUCUUGGAUCUUCCAUUGGUGUCCACACUACUGUUAUUGUGGGUGGAAUUGACUCAAUGUCUCAAUCCCUGGCCUUAGCCAAGAAACCACAUGUUAUAAUUGCAACCCCUGGCCGUCUGGUUGAUCAUCUGGAGAACACAAAAGGCUUCAAUUUACGAGCUCUGAAGUUCCUAGUGAUGGAUGAAGCCGACCGGAUCCUUAACAUGGAUUUUGAGGCAGAGGUGGAUAAAAUACUAAAAGUGAUUCCUCGAGACAGGAAGACAUUUCUCUUUUCUGCUACCAUGACCAAGAAGGUGCAAAAACUCCAGCGUGCUGCUCUGAAGAAUCCUGUUAAAUGUGCUGUUUCUUCCAAAUAUCAGACAGUUGAGAAACUGCAGCAGUACUACAUUUUCAUCCCCUCCAAAUUCAAGGACAGCUAUCUGGUUUAUAUCUUGAAUGAACUAGCUGGGAACUCCUUCAUGAUAUUCUGUAGCACAUGUAACAACACUCAGAGGACUGCUCUGCUGCUCCGCAACUUGGGGUUCACUGCUAUUCCUCUCCAUGGGCAGAUGAGUCAGAAUAAACGGUUGGGCUCUCUAAACAAGUUCAAGGCAAAGGCACGUUCUAUUCUGCUGGCUACUGAUGUUGCAAGCAGAGGCUUGGACAUCCCACAUGUAGAUGUGGUGAUAAACUUUGAUAUUCCCACGCACUCUAAGGAUUACAUUCAUCGUGUUGGGAGAACAGCUCGAGCUGGGAGGUCUGGCAAAUCCAUCACCUUUGUCACACAGUAUGAUGUAGAGCUCUUCCAGCGCAUAGAACACCUGAUUGGCAAGAAGCUGCCAGCAUUCCCCAUGCAAGAGGAGGAGGUUAUGAUGCUGACGGAGCGUGUGGCUGAGGCCCAGAGAUUUGCUCGAAUGGAGCUGCGGGAGCAGGGAGAGAAGAAGCGAUCUCGGAAAGGUGAUGACGACGACACAGAAGAAGCUAUUGGUAUCAGGAAUAAGGUGGCAGGUGGGAAGAAGAAGAAGAGGAAAGCCUAGUUCAGUAUUUGGACAGACAUUUACAUUUUUCUCUUUAUGGCUACGUGAGCUUGGUGAAAACAGUCUACCAAGCCAUCUCCAGUGGAU